AAUCUCUUCAUUAAAAUACUCGCACCAGAUAACCCCUACAGAGUUCCUUAAUAAUGGCGACGGCCUGACCAGAGAGCCAGGGUUCCGAACCCCUCGUAGUAGUCCAACACGAAGCUGCAAUGACUUGAGGACGAUUGUCAACGUGAUCGCAGAUUUCGAUUCUCGAUUCCGGCAGCCACGGAAAUCUCUCCAGGUCAGCACAACGGCAACAAAGUCGGGAGAAAAUUUCCGGCGGGGAAAUGAUCCAGCGAUCGAAGCUCGCGGAGGAGCUUAGAGACUAUCAGAUCCGAUCGCAGCGCAAGUAUUGGGUCGUCCUCUUGUUCUUCUCUGCUAAACCCCAAAUUUCCACCAGAAGGCAAGUUGGGCAUAAAACAAGCACACGAAGAGCUGGUGGUUUUGCGCCAAGCAUGGUUGCUUUUGCGCCCAUUACUUCCAAGUGCGUCAAUCUCCUAUUUAGUGAGUUGAGCAUUUUUGCACCCAGCAUUGGCGCUUUUGCGCCCAUGGUGCCUUUAGCGCAAACCAUGGACCGGGCGCUUUUGCGCCCAGCAUGGGCGCUUGAGCCCCCAUUUUGUUAAAACACGCUAAAGGGAGUUAAAGGACGCUUUCUCUCACGCAGCGGUCCCAAGGGACGAAGUAAUGAAAAGCUAGAGCCGUUGGAUUGACGAUCCAUCAGUAAAUGCACUUGACAUAAAAAAACAAUGCUAAAAAAGAUGGAGGGGUGGUUCUCUAGCAUUUUUACUUCUCUCGUUCCGGGGAAAGAUUUGGGUACUUUUAUUUUUCUGAGCCAUCUUUGUAAGUGUGAGAGGGACAUUGUGCAGAGAACUUGUGUAUAAUUCAGUAAGAAGCAUUGGAGGAGACUGGGAGCAAGAUUGUGGAGAUCUUUCACUGCAUACUUAUUUGUUUUCUCUAUCAAACUUGUAUUUUGUUUUUGUUUAAUGAAUCAAAAUAUGGAC